AGGAGGCGGCCCGGGGCACACAGAGCAGCGAGCGCGCGAGCCCGGAGCGGAGCGGCCAACCCCCUCCUCAUUCCCCUCAUUCCCCUCAUCCCCCCAGCACACACCGCGGCCCCGCCUCGCAGGCUUCUGCCUUCCUCGGUGCCCGGAACCUUGGGCGCGCGGAACCUCGGUGCCGGAACACGGGCGCAGCGGACCCGGGGCGCGAUGGAGCGGGCGCGCGGGCUGCGGGCCGAGGCCGGCGAGCCUGAGGAGGAGGAGGAGGUCGGGGAAGCCAUGGCUGCCGCGGUGGCGGCAGCGGGUGGCGCGGGCCCGGCAGUCCUGCAGGUAGCCGGCCUCUACCGGGGCCUGUGCGCGGUCCGCAGCCGCGCCCUGGGCCUGGGGCUCGUGUCUCCCGCUCAGUUGCGCGUGUUCCCUGUGUGCCGCGGCUCGGGCCGGCCCUCGGGGGUCGCCGACGGCAGUGGCGUCGGGGCAGAGCUCGAGGCCAACCCCUUCUACGACCGCUACCGCGACAAGAUCCAGCGGCUGCGCAGGUCUGACCCAGCUGCUUUUGAGUCCCGACUGGAAAAGCGUGGUGAGUUUAGGAAGCAGCCAGUGGGGCACUCCAGGCAAGGUGACUUUAUCAAAUGUAUGGAACAGAAGACAGACACCUUGGGGAAACAGCCUAUGAGCAGAGGAUUUACUAAGGACAAGACUCUCAGUUCAAUCUUUAAUAUUGAGAUGGUGAAAGACAAAACUGCAGAAGAAAUAAAACAGAUUUGGCAGCAGUAUUUUGCAGCAAAAGAUACAGUCUAUGCAGUUAUUCCCGAAGAAAAGUUUGAUUUGAUCUGGCACCGGGCUCAGUCCUGUCCGACAUUUCUGUGUGCACUACCAAGAAGGGAAGGUUAUGAGUUCUUUGUAGGACAGUGGACAAGUACUGAACUCCACUUCACUGCACUUAUAAAUAUUCAGACCCGAGGAGAAUCUGCAGCCAGUCAGCUGAUUUUAUAUCACUACCCUGAACUUAAGGAAGAAAAGGGCAUAGUGCUGAUGACAGCAGAAAUGGAUUCCACGUUUCUGAAUGUUGCUGAGGCACAGUGCAUUGCCAACCAAGUUCAGCUUUUCUAUGCCACUGAUCAGAAAGAGACCUACGGGUUAGUGGAGACCUUUAACUUCAGACCAAAUGAGUUCAAAUAUAUGUCUGUCAUCGCUGAAUUGGAGCAAAGUGGACUGGGAGCAGAACUGAAAAGUGCCCAGAACCAGGAUAAGACUUAGAGCUGGAAGGGUUGGCUUACAAUCUCAGCCCUGGAUAGUCUAGAGCCCACCCACCUGCUUGAACUCUUGGGAGCUGAGCAUCUCUAAUGAGUCACCCUAUAUGCUUUAUUGCAAGUGGUAAUUGUGGAGGUGAGCCCUAUUACUUGAUGUUCAGGAAUGAAGGUACCCAAACACUCUGAUAAUUAUCUCCCAGCACACUUGAGGUUUCCUUUUUAAGUGUUUGAGGUCAUCAACAGAGAGAGCCAAGGAUCCACAUGAUGGUUGACUAUUUUACACAAUGUAACUGCAUUUGCUUUCUGGCCAUUCUGACUGCACAGCUCCCAAAUGAUUAGUUCUUCCUCUUUAUAAACUUGUGACAGGAUAAUAAGCUUGAAGACCUGCUGUAGUUAGAUGUGGGCUUUACAUACUCUUCCCAUACACCACUUGACUGGCCAAAGGCAUAACCCAAAUAUCCUGUUUAGACUCUAGAAAACCAGACUCUUCCAGAAUGUUGCGGCGGCACUAUGCAUUGCCAACUAAGUUCAGUUCUUCUGUGCCAUGGAUUAUAUUGCCAUCAGGAUUAAGACUUCAUCUAGAGUUCCCUUUAGUGUAGCUAAGUGUCAGUAGAUUUCAGGGACAGUUAAACACACAAGGACUGUGCCUGCAUAUUUUUAAACCAUAGUUUGUGGCACCUGCUUCUCUAAACUCCUUUAGAAGCUAUGUAUUUAGAAGGGGUGAAUCAAUGCAGUGUAAAUAAAUUAACACUUUCGAAAGGAGAGGAUCAAUCUAGAUUUGCAUGUUGUUUUUUUUUUUUAACAAUUCUAAGCCCUGCCAGUAUUAUAUAAAAAAGUGGGUGGAAGCAGAUGUUCCAGAUUGGGUUUGGGGAAAAUGUAGCAAUAAAAUAAAGUCUGGCUUACAAUCUUUGUUACACUAAACAGUGAAAUCUAAACUAUGUGCUGUCUGUACUGUCAGUGCUGUGGGCUAAUUUGACCAAGACUCAUCUUUGGACUCAGCAGUUGCCUGAAACGCCAAAAAUCAGAAAGAAGCUCCAGCACUGAAACUUCCAUUGGGUUUGUAUUGUCACUGUUUUGACUCCAAGUUCAGGGACAGAGAGGGUGGUAGUUACACACCAGCCUUCUGAACCUGAGGCCCCAGGGCUUCCCUAGCAUCGCUGUCAACCACCUUUACUGUGCCUCUCUUUCCUUGAUCCAGUGUGCUCCACUUUGCUGCUCCUGCCUAAGGUUUGGUUGUAUGAUACUAAAUAUAGUGAGUGGGAAUAUAACCAGUAUUUGCAGUUUGUGUGUGCGUGUGUGUGUUUUCUUUAUUACAGAAGACUUUUUAUAGGUUGGGCCUGUCCCCAAGCUCUUUAAAUGAGAUUGGACUUCCAAUUAUUUUCUGAGCUGUGUCUAUUUUGUACUUCUGAGUCUGUGUAUAGAAAGAGACAGAUGGUGUUUACCCUGGAAAAGCUGCUGUCCUUUCACAGUUUCUCUAAAGGUUGAGCUGUUGCCUAAUGCAAAAUCUGGACCUAUUUCUGGUCCUGACAGUUCCUCUUCUGAGAAACUUGAAUCUGGAUGUUUUGAAUCCCAGGAAUCCUUGACUUCAGGUGGAGUUGCUUUCAUGGAUAUCCAGUUAAAUGUUUGCUUUUCCCUCUAGAUGGGUACAGUUUUUAGCCAUAGUACAUUUCUGUAACAGCUCCACUAAAAGGUCAGAAAAUGAGGGGAAAAGAACUCGCUGCUCGUUUUUUGGCUCCUCCCAGCUUUGCCCUAAAUCCCACCUGCAAAAGAAGGAAUCCAUGGACAGUUACAUUGGAUAUGAUCAAAGUACCAUCAGGCUGUUCUUUAUAUUUCUUAGCAAGAUCUGGCAAAGAACUAAAGGAAAAUUGUAACAAUUGGUAAAUUUGUCCCCUGGUGCAGCAUGAUAUUACAGCAAGUGGACAGGCUUUAGAGUUAAAUGAGUCUGGGCUCAGACAUCAGUGUUGUGAUUCAUUAGCUCUAUAAUGUUGAACAAAUUAUUUCAACUCUCUCUUUAUUCAUCUGUAAAAUGGGGAUAAUAUCUACCUCAUAGGAUUAUUGUGAGAACUAACUUACAUAUAGACUACAGUAGAGCUUAAUAAAUGUCAACUCUCUUCCUCUUUUCUCCUUCCCCUGCCUUUCAUUAAAGACAGAUUCGCAUUUCAGAUGUGCAGAUUUGUCUUCAUUCCAGUUUAAAGAACAAACUUUAUCUCAGGUUCUCAAACUUUAAAUCGCAGUAGAAUUACCUAGAGUGCUUAAAAGGUAAAUUCCUGGGUCCCAAACCCCAACCUGCUGAAUCAGUCUUUGCAGAACUUGCUGGGAAUCUGCAUUUGCUAUAUGUCCAGAUGAUUCAGAUGUAGGUAAUUCACCAGCCACAUUUGGAGAACCAUUGCCUUCUCUGUUCUUCAUCAAAAUGCCCAUUAGCCAGAUCUUUCUUUCCUAGGGACAUUAACCAUAGGAUCAGGUUCCUCUGCUCUGCACUUCCGUUGUUGGUCCCUUUUGUGUACUUUAUGUUAUAUUUAUUUAUUUAGGUAUCUUUUUUCCCCUCUAGACUGUGAGCUCCUUGAGGGCCAGGGUCUAAUCUCCAUUCCCAGUGCCAAGGACAUGGCCUGGAACACAGAAGAUACUCAGUUGUUUGUUGAAUAAAUACAUGACAUGGAUUUUAA